AAUUAAUUAAUGUUUUAAAUGAUACAAAUAUGACUUUUGACGAUACAAAACAAACAUCACCAUUGUUAACAGACAGUGCUGCCAAUUUGUUUAUGAGACGUUAUAACAAUGUAUUGCAUAGUACAAGACAGCCAGCGUUAUUUAUACGCCAUGUAAAUGUGAAACGAUGUGUGGCAGCAUUGUUGGUAUUAAGUGUUAUAUCAAUUAUUUAUUAUACUCAUUAUUUGGUGUCUGCACCAUUUUCUAGCUUAAUUCAUCGGGAUACAAGACCUGAACCAUCAAUACGAUGUUCACUUAUAAAUGGUGCACCCCGUUUGAACCCGGUAUCACAUGAUCAUCGUUCUGAGGCACGAUUACGUAUUGAUCCAAAAGUGUUAGUGUUUGUGGAGACUAUGUAUUCAAAAUUAGGCCGUGAUAUUGCUGAGCUAUUAGUGUAUAAUCGUAUUAAGUAUAAAGUUGAAGUUGCGGGAAAAAGUUUACCAGUUCUAACAAAUUUGGAUAAAGGUCGAUAUGGUGUUAUUGUAUUCGAAAACUUCAACAAAUAUUUACAAAUGGAUAAUUGGAAUCGUGAAUUAUUGGAUAAAUAUUGUCGGGAGUAUUUGGUUGGAAUUAUUGGGUUUGUCAGUCCUAGUGAAGAAACUUUGGUUGGAUCCAAACUCAAAGGAUUUCCGUUAUUUAUUCAUACUAACCUUCGGUUAAAGGAUGCUGCCUUAAAUGCCGCAUCGCCUAUAUUACGGUUAACAAGAGCUGGUGAAACAGCGUGGGGUAGUUUACCUGGUGAAGAUUGGACAAUUUUUCAACCAAAUCAUUCAACAUAUGAGCCAUUAGAAUGGGCUAAUAGAAAUACGGAAGAUUAUCCAUCUGAAGGACCAAUUAAGACACCAUUAGUGACUGUAAUUCAAGACCAUGGUCGAUUUGAUAAUAUUCAACGAGUGAUUUUUGGAUCAGGAUUGAAAUUUUGGUUGCAUAAACUUUUAUUUCUGGAUUCCUUAAGUUACUUAAGUCAUGGACAACUUAGUAUUUCAUUAUCGAGGAUGAUUCUUAUUGACGUUGAUGAUAUAUUUGUUGGAGAAAAAGGUACACGAUUAAAAAAAGAUGAUGUAAGGGCGCUUUUAACUACACAAGAACGUAUACAAGGAAUGGUACCUGGAUUUAAAUUCAAUUUAGGAUUCUCGGGGAAAUAUUUUCACCAUGGAACAUAUGAAGAAAAUUUAGGUGAUGAUAUGAUUCUAGAGAAUGUUGAUAAAUUUAUGUGGUUCUCACAUAUGUGGAAUCAUCAACAGCCUCACCUCUACGACAAUGUAACUGUGUUACAAUCUGAUAUGAUUUUAAAUAAACAAUUUGCUAAGGAAAAGGGAAUACCAACUGAUUCAGGAUAUUCAGUAUCGCCACAUCAUUCAGGCGUUUAUCCUGUUCAUGAAAUCUUGUACCAAGCAUGGAAACGAGUAUGGAAUGUACGUGUGACAUCAACUGAAGAAUAUCCUCAUCUUCGACCGGCUCGAUUAAGAAGGGGCUUCAUACAUCGUAAUAUUAUGGUUUUACCACGACAAACGUGUGGACUAUUUACACACACAAUGUUUAUUGACUUGUAUCCAGGUGGACGCGAGAAAUUGGACGAGGCUAUUCAAGGCGGUGAAUUAUUUCAAACGAUUGUGUAUAAUCCGAUUAACAUCUUCAUGACCCACAUGUCAAAUUAUGGAAACGAUCGACUCGCAUUAUACACUUUUGAAAGUGUUAUACGCUUUUUACAAUGCUGGACAAACAUCAAAUUAUCGUCUGCACCACCUUUGCAAUUAGCAGAAACGUAUUUUAAACUGCAUCCAGAAGAAACUGAUCCAGUGUGGGGGAAUCCUUGUGAUGAUGUUCGCCAUCAACGAAUAUGGUCACGUAACAAAUCAUGUGAACAAUUACCGAGAUUUUUAGUAAUUGGUCCACAAAAAACCGGCACAACUGCAUUAUACACAUUUUUAUCAAUACACCCAGCAAUUGCUAGUAAUUUACCUAGCCCGGAUACAUUUGAAGAAAUUCAAUUUUUCAAUGCCAACAAUUAUUUACGCGGUUUAGAUUGGUAUAUGAACUUUUUCCCAUUACAAUCAAAUUCUACAGCACGAUAUAUGUUUGAAAAAUCGGCGACAUAUUUCGAUGGAGAUUUAGUACCAAGACGUGCACACGCAUUACUGCCAAAAGCUAAACUUGUUACAAUAUUAAUAUCACCAGCAAAACGUGCUUAUUCAUGGUACCAACAUAUUAAAUCGCAUGGUGAUUUAAUUGCUAAUAAUUAUAGCUUUCAUCAAGUCAUCACCGCUAGUGAUACUGCGCCAAAACCAUUGAGGGAUUUAAGAAAUCGAUGUUUAAAUCCUGGAAAAUAUGCACAACAUCUAGAACGAUGGCUCACAUACUAUUUACCCCAGCAAUUACACAUAAUCGACGGUGAACAAUUAAAAUCGAAUCCAGUUGAAGUAAUGAAUGAACUCCAAAGAUUCUUAAAAAUAUCUCCAGUUGUAGAUUAUGCUACACAUUUAAGAUAUGACCCAAAAAAAGGAUUUUUCUGUCAAGUAAUUAAUGGUGAUCAUACAAAAUGCUUAGGGCGUUCAAAAGGUAGACAAUAUCCAGCAAUGGAAGAGAAAAGUAUGAAAUUACUCCAAAGAUAUUAUUUAAGUCAUAAUACUGCUUUAUUAAAAUUAUUAAAACGUAUUGGAAUCAGAAAUGUUCCACAGUGGUUAAAAACUGAUCUUAGUGACACAACAACUUCGUAACAAUAAAUCUUUUAUAAAUGUUUAUAUUAAAAUUAAAUAAUUUUCAGAUUAUCUGUCUCAAUAAAUAGUUUUAUUAUUGAAGUGAAAUUUCAAUCGUGUCUAAAAGGGUUAAUAACAUUUUAAAAAAAUGGACGUUUCGAAAUAUAUGCAGGAAAUUUUAAGAUGUGUUUUACUACUUACGUGUCGUUUGUAUUUUUAUUCCUGUAAGAGAUACAGGCUAUAAACUUUUCGCUUUUUGUACAAACUUGCACAGUAAUGACGCGAUUAAGUUCGGCUACUAGCUACUCCAUUCUCUAAAGCUCAUAGUCCUGAGAUACUUUGUCCCUUUCUGCCCACCCAUAGAUUUCUUGAUCUUUAUCUCUUAAUAUUACCUUGUCUUCGUUUACGUGAUAGUCGAAGAUAAAUUAACAUUUACUUAAAAAAUGUUCACAAGUAAGAAUGAUUAUUAUGGUUCACUCGAAAGUGUAAAUAACAAGUGUUAUGUUUUAGAUAAUUCUUGUAUAUAUUUUGAAACUCAUUAUGUGUUUAACACAUAAUUUUAUUCGAAUUUGUCAAAACCCAGACGUAAGAAAUUCCACUUCUAUUAAUUUAAAAAAAGCUAUUUUCGAAUCUCUUUUGCUCGAUCGGCCUAAUUGAAUAAUGUUUUAUUUAUUCAUUGUUCUUAAAUUUCUUUCUUAAUUUUAAUGUUGUUAAAUGUUUUUGGCUGUUUUCCUAAGUGCAUAUUAUUAGGUAGCUAGAAUUUUUAA